AUGUCGACCCAGUUCUUUGCUAAAACAUCUACCGAAAUCAACCUUUUCCAAGGAUACCCUUCUUUCGAUCAAUUGACGCGCGAUGAAGCCGAGAAAAUACAAGUUUCUUUAUUGUCACCGUGCGGACGAUUCAUGGCUUUAUCGACCACUGAGACCGUUCAAGUAUUCACAGGCGUAGAGUUUUCACAGCUGCUAUUGAAUGUGAGCGUCAAAGACGUUUACGACCUGCAUUUUUCGCCUUCAGGCAACUUUUUAAGCACCUGGGAAAGACCAUCGCUCUCGGAUCCCGAUCACAAGAAUGUGAAAAUCUGGGAACUCAACUUGGAAACACCUCCAGAAUCGCCUAAAUAUGCAUACCAGGCCAAGGUGCAGAACGGCUGGGCGCUGCAAUUCAGCAAACUCGACAACUUCGCCCUCAAGCAGUUUGGCAAAGAAUUGAGAAUCGUAAAGAUCGACGCUAACGACGCCAACGCAACCUUCAAUUUCGACAAACCCUACAGCAAGCUGGUGCCAGAACAGCAGAUCUCGAGCUUUCUGAUCUCGCCCUCCGAAUUCCCCACAAUCUGCACUUUUGCACCCGAAAAAUCCGGCAAACCCGCAUGUUUGAGCAUAUACUCCAUCGCAGAGGGCAUCACCGACAAGAAGAUAGCCACCAAGACCUUUUUCAAAGCGGACUCGUGCCAAUUGAAGUGGAAUCAGCAGGGGAACGCUGUCUUGUGUAUGGCCAUCACAGAUUUCGAUUCCUCCAACAAGUCCUACUACGGUGAAAACACUCUAUACCUCUUGUCGUUCCAGGGCGCCAAUGGCUCGUUGGGUGGUAAAUCUGUGCGUGUAGCGCUCUCGAAAGAAGGCCCCAUUCACGAUUUCACCUGGUCCCCCACCUCGAGACAGUUUGGUGUCAUAUACGGCUAUAUGCCCGCCACCAUCACUUUCUUCGACCUAAAGGGCAACGUUGUGCAUUCUCUUCCAGAGCAGCCGAAGAACACCAUGCUGUUCUCGCCAUCUGGCAGAUAUAUCUUGAUAGCCGGAUUCGGAAACUUGCAAGGCUCGGUCGAGGUCUUGGAUCGUCACGACAAAUUCAAGUGCAUCACGAAGUUCGAUGCCGCAAACACCUCUGUGUGCAAAUGGUCGCCUGGUGGUGAAUUUAUCUUGACGGCUACGACUUCUCCAAGGCUCAGAGUCGACAACGGACUGAAGAUUUGGCAUGUUAGCGGCACCUUAUGUUUCGUGAAGGAAUAUAAAGAGCUUUUGAAGGUUGACUGGAGACACCAGAUUUUACCAAAACUGGCCACAAGCCAUGUCAUCAAGAGCAUCGAGAACUCCGCCAGCGAGCCUUUCUGCGACCCCAAACUGGGCAAAAUCGAGGUGCAGGUGCACUCUUCAGCCGCAGAGAACACUGCUAGACGUCAGAAGAACGGAUCAACCAAUGGAGCUGCAAGCAAGCCCGCUGGUGCUUACAGACCUCCACAUGCCAGAAGAGCUGGUGGCGCGCCAUCGGUUCCCGGUGCCGCUAUCAGGCCUGCAAAGGCCAUUCCCGGAAUGAGUGCUUCUGUGCCUGGUGUUUCUGCAAAGGAGUCCAAGACCGCCGCCAAGAAUAAGAAAAAGAGAGAAAACAAAAAGAAUGAGGGAUCGCCAGGUGCAGAUGAAGCCCUCGGUGAGUCCUCGACCGACGCCGCCGCGCAGCCGAAGGUCAACAAAGAGGCUUCACCCGAAGAAAAAAAAAUCCGUUCGCUUUUGAAGAAGCUCAGGGCCAUCGAGGCCCUGAAGCUCAAGCAAGCAUCGGGUGAGUCUUUGGAGGACACCCAGAUCCUCAAGAUUCAGUCCGAAGACAAAGUUUCGAAAGAGCUCGAAUUUUUGGGCUGGAAAGACGAUGGUACUCAUUAA